UUCUCAAAACUCCAUUCACAUCUCUCUCUCUCUCUCUCUCUCUCUCUCUCUCUCUCUCUCUCUAUUAUAAUCAUGGCCGGAGUUUCAUCCAUCAACCCGUUCCUAUGCAAGACCUUCUCUGUCAAUCGGCCGUGCCGCCGAUUGGGCUUCAACAACCCGUUUUCCCCUUCCAAUUCAAUCAUAAUUUCGCCCAAGAACUCGACCGAUGGAUUGAAAUUCUCAGCCUCGACUCGUAAUUGGGCUCAGCCCGCUAGAGCAACGGACGAUGAGUGGGGCCCAGAACCAAAGGAGGAGCUGGGCGGUGUGGCGACAACAGCACUGGUAGAAGAAGAGCCGAGCGAGGUGGAUAAGCUGAAACGGGGACUAGUUGAUUCACUGUACGGGACCGACAGAGGACUUAAGGCCAGCAGCGAGACGAGGGCUGAGAUAUUGGAGUUUAUUACUCAAUUGGAAGCCAAGAAUCCGACACCUGCUCCUACAGAGGCGUUGACACUUCUCAAUGGGAAAUGGAUUCUUGCGUACACGUCUUUCUCGGAUCUUUUUCCACUGUUGGGGAGGAGCCUUCCACUGGUGAAAGUGGGAGAGAUUUCACAGACCAUCGACUCUGAGGGAUUGACGGUGCAGAAUUCCGUCCAAUUCGAGGGCCCUUUGGCCACUACUUCCUUGAGCACCAACGCUAAAUUCGAAGUCCGGAGUCCCAAACGCGUACAGAUCAAGUUCGAAGAAGGAAUUAUAGGCACACCCCAGCUGACAGACUCCAUUGUCGUCCCAGAAAACGUGGAGUUCCUGGGCCAAAAGAUCGACCUCUCUCCUUUCAAAGGCAUAAUAUCUUCAGUCCAGAACACGGCGUCAUCCGUCGUCAAGAGCCUCUCCAGCCAACCGCCCCUGAAAAUUCCAAUCACCAGCACUAAUGCACAAUCAUGGUUGCUGACCACUUACCUUGACGAAGAGCUACGUAUCUCGAGAGGAGACGGUGGCAGCGUCUUCGUUCUCAUCAAGGAAGGCUGCUCACUCCUAUCGCCCUAAAAACUCUUUUUUCUUACCUCAAUAAUCUGCUCUCAUCAAGGACAGAUAGGCGCUCUGAAAUAAUGCUUGGACACUGAAUUUGGAAAUCUGAUGUGUUCUGGAAAACAAUGUGGUGUGGUGUGGUGUGGUUUUAGUAGUUUGUACACAUUAACACAACACAUAUGGCUAUAAUUCAGGAUGGUUGAGAAUCAGAUAAAUACAUUGUCUAA